AGCACACGUCUCUGAGGAACAUACAGCUUGUUUCAUCCAGACAAAGGAAAACAUCUGGACAAGUCUGAAAGAUGGGUUGGCAGAAAAGCGUUCUGGAUAAGCUUGCGCAGACUUUCCAAAUCCGCAACAAGUUACUGCGCCAGGGAUUGGCUGAAUGCUUAGGAACUCUCAUCCUGGUGAUGUUUGGCUGUGGUUCAUUGGCCCAGUUGAAACUAAGCGAAGGUUCUCAUGGUCUCUUUCUCACUGCAAACCUUGCUUUUGGGUUUGGUGCUACUCUUGGAAUCUUGGUUUGCGGCCAGGUGUCAGGCGGACAUUUAAAUCCUGCUGUUACAUUUGCUCUCUGCCUCUUGGGAAGAGAAAAAUGGAGAAAGUUUCCUGUGUACUUUCUGUUCCAAACACUCGGAUCCUUCUUGGGUGCUGCUAUUAUCUUUGCCGAAUACCAUGACGCAAUUUAUGAUUAUGCUGGAGAAUCAAAUGAGUUGCUUGUACUGGGUGAAAAAGAAACAGCUGGGAUUUUUGCUACAUACCCAAGCAAAUAUCUCACCCCCCUAAAUGGAUUUUUUGACCAGGUGAUAGGCACAGCAUCCCUGAUUGUGUGCAUCCUGGCCAUUGUGGACCCCUACAACAACCCGAUCCCUCAAGGUCUUGAGGCCUUCACAGUGGGAUUCAGCGUCCUUAUCAUUGGUCUCUCCAUGGGCUUCAAUUCUGGCUAUGCAGUAAACCCAGCUCGAGAUUUUGGACCUCGUCUUUUUACUGCCAUGGCUGGUUGGGGUAGUGAAGUCUUCACAGCCAGGGAUUAUUGGUUUUUGGUGCCCAUCUUUGCUCCGUUCAUUGGAGCCGUUAUUGGUGUGAUUGUGUACCAGCUGAUGGUGGGAUGGCAUGUGGAAGGAGAGGCACGAGAUAAGAAAGCUAAAGCUAGAGAGGAGGUGAUGAACCUCAAUGACGUCGCCAGCAAGGAAUGAUUUUCAGGAUCUCCAUCAGCCCUCAACACCACAAAUCCACAUAAGCUUCUGCUUAAGGAUCUCUGGGUUCAAUAAAAACCACUUGCACCACACAAAACUCCCUCAUCUGUUUCAGAGGUGAUUCUCACAGUUUUGCAGAUCUUCCACUGGACUUUGAAUAAAAAGCGUUAUACAUUUCUAUACUUUACAAAUUCUGGGUUGUUUUAACCAAAUUUGGGUACAAUUUUGACUAACCCAAUGGUUGGCUUAAAAAUUUUAUUUAAAAAUUUAACCAACUGCUGGGUUAUUGCUUUCCAACCCAGCAUUAUUUUAGAUUUCCAACUUUAUAUCAGACAUUUGAUUGUUUUUCAAGCAUGACUCUUAUUUCUUUCUUCCACAUGCUUUAUUCUUCCAUUAAGGGAACAAGGUGUUACUUCAACAGGACGAAUUAUAUUAAUUCACUCUUUUGAAAAGUUAGUAAAAGUUUAGAUCUUUGAAAUGAAACUGUUGUUGUUACACCUAUCAAUAUAUACAGUAUUUCAUGCUUUUGUGCUACUAAUAUCUAAAUAUGUUGCCAUUCACGCUGAGAAAGUUGAGAAGUUACCCAAAAAAGCUACAGUACUUUUUAAAAAAAUUGUAAAUAUUUUGUAUUGUCAUUUUCAUUUAAAGCAUUUUUUUUUGUUGUAUUACAUGUAUGGAUUACAACUUAACAUGUACACUUACGUCUGAUAGUGGAGAGAUCCUGACAUUUAUUUGACAUUGCAGUUUUUAGACUGUUAGAUCUGUUCAUUUCAUAACAUGUUAAUUUUGAAAGUGAAUGUUUUAAAUCAACUGAUUGUUAUCCUAAUAAAUUUUUUUAAAGAAG